AUGACAGGAGCCGAACCGCUAUUGAGCGUGUCCACCUUGGCACAUCCGUCGAAGGUGAACGCGAGCAUCAUCAGCGUUGGUCCGCCCGAUAUGUUGGCGCCUAAAGGCAGCUCUCAGCAGCAGGCAACGGUGUUCUACAACAAUACAGCCUUCGUCUGCAUGACGGCGCUCAAAAAACAGCGCAACCCGUCUAUCUACUCGCUCGAAGUGGCCUCUCUUGCAUGGCGUCUCGAGCAGCUCGUCGACACGCACAUUGUAAUGUCUGGACUGCCGAAGUGCCGUAUAGAGCCUCUCAAGACGCAACCCGAAGUUUCUAGUUUUCUUGGUGAGAUUUUUCCUAGCAGCGGCUCGGCGCUAUACACUGGUAGCCUCACAGAAGUCAUGGUCCGCUCACCGGCCUUCCUCGACACCCUGAUUAGCCUGGUACACUCUACUGAACCGUACAUCUCCUUGAACUAUAUCGGAGUUAGGUUGAUGAUUGCGGUGGCUCCUUUCGCGCCUUCCUCAGGCCGUCUUCUCGUACAGACUAUGGUGAAACACCAGUAUGGCAAAGCACGACCCUUACUGCCCCGCUGGAAACUGUGCAUCCGUGCAGUAGAAAGGGCGAUUCCCGAGUUGUUUUUGCACGCAGUGCGGCUCGCCUACAAGACCCAGUUCACCAUGGACUCUGUGCAGAGGCUGCUGGAUUCCGUCAGGCAGUCGCUUGCCGGUGACUUGGCCAAACUGGCCGUGCUUGAUCGAGAAUCGCGCGCCCAGGCUCUGUCACUGCUAAAUGUUACGCAGUUUCGACUGUUUUGGCCAUCAUGGCUGACUGACAAGGAAAAAUUGGAAAGCUACGUGAGCGCAUUGCCUCGAGUCGUGCGAGGUGAGAACCUGCGGUCCUUUCACGCGCUUCACAGUCACAGUUUCGCCCAGAGGCUUCGUCGCGAUGAGUCUGACCGGUGGCAGGGUUCAGCUUUUGACCACGACUGCAGCUAUGACGGAAAGGUGGUGUUUGUGCCUGUCCUCCUUUUUAACUUUUCUUCGUUCCACCGUGGCGCUAACCUGAACCUAGAGUUGCCACACGCCGGCGUGCGCCUUACUCGUUGCUUGCUGCAGCUGCUCCUGGCGAACAUCUCUCAGGGUGCGACUGCCGCCGGUGGACGCCUCUGGUGGCCCGAUAUGGCGAGCUCGUUCCUAGCCGUCUCCCAGCUCUGCUUCCAACAGUACGGCCUGCCACAUGUCAGCUCCCUAGAGUUGCUCCAGUACACGGCCGCCGUCAAGCCCGCCAUGGAUUUGUACCAGCAGGACAAGCGCAUCGAUAUUCGCUUCGAGAAGCUUCCAGCUUUCACUGCCGUGCACCUGUUUUUUGUCUACUACGCCCUUUCUUUCUGUCAGGAGUCAAAAUCGGACAACGCCACCGAGGUGGCUAGUUAUCUGACCAACGUGCCACUCUGGAAUAACCGACAGUUUCAGGAGACUUUUCGUUGUCCUGUUGGUUCCAACAUGAAUCCUCUCAAUAAGUGCGUUCUCUGGCGGGAAGCUCACUAG